AUGAAUACUGGCAAGCGGAAACGCCUCUCCACAAUAACGCGGGUGCGCGAGACUUGUGUUCUCGAGACGGGAUCGUCAAAGACUACCAGAGCAACCCUGACUCAAGUAUGGAGGGACCGGUUAGCAUUUGAAGAAGAGCAGCGUGUCGCCAACAUCCAGUUAACAGCCAAGACACGGCAACUCCUUGCAGAGGCAGCACUCGAAGCUGGCCGGACAUCAGCCAGGGACUCUGCACGUUCUCCUGAGUAUGAGAAUUGGGACCAUGCCAACUAUGAUGAGAAUGGGGCCGAGGAUGAUGAUAUCGACACUCAACACAAUGAUGGCAGUGAGGAUGACGAGGGUGAUGUUGCAAAACAAGAUGCUCUCAGUGCCACUCACGCACAAGUAAUUUUUUGGCAGGAAGAAUUUGCGGCAUCGAGCGCCUCAUACUCGUCUCCUAUGCAAUCAACAGAUGCAUGCUGCAUGGUCCCAUCAAAUGACGGACCUGGUUGA